GUUUUUGGGAAGCGUGGUCGGUGGACAAUUAUUUAUUUAUUCUAGAAAGCGCGAAUACCGUGACAAUCGAUAUUUUACCGCGGUUCUAUAAGUAUUUGCAAGACAAGAUAUCGUAGAAACUGAAGUGUGGAGGUGCGUGCUUUUGUGGGGGCAAAUAGUAGAUAGUAGAUCUGUCGCAGAGCAAAGAAUCGUCGGCGACGGCGAGGCUGCACUAUAACCGCGAUUAACUAUGAUUAGCCUUCGCCGGAGCGUAAACAAGAUCCCGGCGAAAUCGAAGCGAUUCAAAUGCCGAUUGGUGAAGUUCGAGGAGCUGCCGGAGUACUUAAAGGACAGCGAGUUCAUAUUGGACUAUUACCGCUCUGAAUGGCCCGUGAAGGAAGCCUUGUGGAGCAUCUUCGCGUGGCACAACGAAACCCUAAACAUUUGGACGCAUAUAGGAGGAUUUCUCAUAUUCGCCGUGUUGGCGGCGAUGAGCACCACCUCGGAACUCUGGAAUUUGCUCAGAUCGUCCACGGCGCUCGGGUUGUCGACGACCACGGCGGCGGAGAUGAACGGGUCUAACAGUGACGCCUUCCCGGAUUUGCAUUUUAGACAUGUUCUGGACCCUUCCAUCCUUGGUGAGAUGAAAGGAUCUGGGGUAGAAACAGUUCCUCGAUGGCCAUGGUUCGUUUUCUUAGCUGGAGGAAUGGGAUGCUUAGCUUGCAGUUCUCUUUCCCAUCUUCUGGCGUGCCACUCCAAAGGCUUUAACCUAUUUUUCUGGCGUCUAGAUUAUGCUGGCAUUUCUCUUAUGAUUGUCUCUUCCUUCUUUGCUCCAAUUUAUUAUGCUUUUUUCUGCAAUCCUAACGCAAGGUUAUUCUAUUUAGCAUCAAUAUCUGUGCUUGGAGUCCUUGCCAUUAUUACCCUACUCGCACCUUCACUUUCUACACCUCGAUUUCGACCCCUCAGGGCGUCAUUAUUCCUCUCAAUGGGCUUUUCAGGUAUAAUUCCUGCAGCUCAUGCUGUUGCCCUAUAUUGGGGUCAGCCGCAUAUAUUUGUUGCACUUGGAUAUGAGCUUGUUAUGGCCAUUCUGUAUGCUACUGGAGCUGGAUUUUAUGUUGCUAGAGUACCAGAGCGAUGGAAGCCAGGAGCAUUUGAUAUCGCAGGGCACAGCCAUCAAAUUUUUCAUGUUUUUGUUGUUCUUGGCGCACUUGCCCAUAGUGUUGCCACACUAGUCAUAUUGGAUUUCCGACUGGGAUCACCUACUUGUGCAAAUUAGCCAACUAAUUAUGUGUCUUAAAACUCUUGAGAGAGAAAUAACUAGAAUUAUAUUAUGUCGGUUUUUCCAUUGCAUGAAUUGCAAUAUGAUUGGAGUGAGAAAUGGCUAGGUAAUUGAUAGAGAUGAGAGUGCAUUUCAACUUUCUCUCUUAACUUAGCAGAGUAACAGUAAUGUUGUGUUAUAGCAAAAAAAAAAUUGACAACUUAUUCAUUCAAAUCUUUAGAUAGAAGAUGUAAUCACAGAAAAGAUCACAAGACCAUAUUAGCAUUUAAUGACUUUGUGAAGAGAGUCAUAUUGGAUGUCUCUAAGAAUGGUCACUUAUGCUGCACGUGAA